AUGGUGGUUCUCGACCUAUUAAAAAGCAGACUUCGCCAGGAAGAAUUCCGACCUCACAUGGCGGCUCUUCUCCUGUUUGCAGCGGUGAUUGCCUGGAUUUUGUUCUCUUUUCGACGUCAAAUAGUGCAACUAUACAAACUUAACAGAAGAUGUACUGUAACGCUGGAGAAAGUACCGGGACCAUCAUGUCUGCCAAUUAUAGGGCUAGCACAUCAUUUUAAAUGGGACAGUGAAGCGUUCACCUAUCAGCUUGAGGAGUGGACGAAUGAGUACAUGCUAAAUAAUCAUCACUUCUUUGGUCUUGCCAAGGUGUGGGUCGGUCCGGUCCCAUUGGUUUUCUGUGGGAUGCAAGAGUCAAUAAGGCCAAUUUUGGAAAGUAACGUUAACAUAACGAAACCAACCCAAUACGACAUCAUUUCCGAAUGGAUAGGAACUGGUCUACUGACGAGGUAA